AUGUCCAUCUUCGGCGCGCCUUCGACGCCCGUCGCGGGCGCGAGCGCGCUUUUCGCGCCCGCGGUGACGACGCCGGCGAACGUCGGUGGGACGCCGCGCGCGACGGACGCGAACGGGGACGAUGCGCGACGUAAAAGCGACGGAUGGUCGCCGGCGUCGCGGUAUCAAAAUCUGCUCUCGAGCGUGCGCGCGCUCGAGCACGGACGCGCGAGUGAACGCGAUCGAGAGCGCGCGCGGCGGGCGCUGAGGGUGAACGAGACGCGGUUGCGGGAGAUGACGUUCUUUGAGGGACGGAACGCGGGAGACGCCGCGCGAGUGGCGAGCGGGCGGGCGACGCUCAGUCACGGGGGCGAGGCGCGGUUGGGGGAGCUGGACGUCGAACACGCGAGCGCGAUCGCGGUGGCGUUGGAUUUGAAUGAAAUAGUGAGCGUUGAACUUAUGGUGGGGGCGAUAGAGCACGGCGCACCUGCGGAUGACGUGGUGCCGGCGGCGAUUGGGAUUUACAUGCGCGAACGCGCCGCGGCGCUCGAGUCGUUGCUGGCGGUGUUGCGAUGCGCGGACGGGACGGCGCCGUUGGACGGGGUGAUGGAUGAAGAAUUGAAAGAUUACGCGGACGGUUUGUUGCGCGAUGGCGCGCUGUUUGCGCGAUUAGUGAAGCUCGUCACCGCGCCGCCGCCGGGUGGACCAUUUUUAGUCGCGCCGACCGUGCCGACGCAACACGUCGGCGGGCCAUUGGCGCUCGCGGGGCAGCAGCAACAGGCGACGACGUCGUCAUCAUCACAAGAGCGCUUGCUCGGACCUUUAGACAAGUUAGUAGAUAUCCGCGGCCGUCCGAUCUUACGGCAAGAGUGCGUGGCGCACGAGCGACGACUCGUCGUCGAGUGCCUGUUCCACUCGGCGCGAGUGUCAACAAGCUUGAGUUCGGAAAAUGCGCAAGCACUCUUGGUGUUGGCGGGACGCUCUGCGGAAGCGAUGCGAGACCUGGAGAAGGUUGCGGUGGAAGACAUGCCGACGGGUUACGGUACGAUUUUUGCCGCGGCUGCGAUGUUUACGCCGACGCUAUCCGGCGUCGAGGCGGCAGUACCGAAGACAGACUUGGCCAAGGCAGUAGCGACAACGAUCAACUCCCCGAACGCACCUCCGUUAUUUUCAUUCGUUCGAUUUGCCUGGGCGAUCUUAGCGCUUGAUCUCGGUCUAAGCGAAGCCGAGGAGGCCAUUAAGGAAAGUCUGAAGAAUGACGCGCUCGAAGCCAUCGAUCUGGUGUUGAAGACUGGAGUUUUCCAAGACGAUCACACUGUCGCGCGGACGCAAAACCUGGAGCUCGUGCACAUCAUACUUUCGCGAUAUCUUCAUCACAAUCUGCGGAAAACAUCUUUGCAUCGAAUGCUCACGGAUGGUACUGCUGUUAGGGAGCCAUUUGUCGAAAACGGGCUCACAAUUGAAAUCGACGCGGCAAAACCCAUGGCGGAUGUCUGCUCCGUCUUUGCCGAGCUGUACAAGCAAGAACCUAAACUCGCAAAGGCAUGCGCUGGGUUGAAGAGCUUCCUUGAGAUUUCUGGUGAUAGCGAGCACUCCGUCGGUUCGCUCGUCAAGCUUCUCGAGCUUUGCACGACGAUAGCUCAAACGAGCGAAGAUGCUCGGCGUAUUUUUGAGCUCUUACAGCGCAGCCAAGGCGCGGCAAACUGGGAUCGCUUGCUAGGGGCAUUAAUUGGCUACGUUCAGCGCUUUAUGUCGAGCCCCGAUGAUUUAAUCGACGCCGGGGAAGAGUUCGAUCCUCGCGAAGGCGAUCCAGAAAUGAACGAAGCCGACGCAGAGGGCUUGCGCGCGUAUCUCGCCGUGUUCAAGGCGGUGAUGGAGAAUGCCGAGCGCGCCGAGGCGGCGCACUGGCUGAUGUGGUUAGAACACAGGAUUGGGGCGGCUUUGAUGGACGCCUUAUUGCAGCUUUACAUUAAUCCCGUUCCACUGCACCUCAAAGCGGCGCUUCUCGACGCCAUCGGUGCGUUAUGCUGGGAUCAAAACACCGCGUUUGACGUUUGGCAACUGCUCGACCAGGCUGGCAUAUUGCCGAACCCUAUGCAAACAGGCUUGUUGCAAACGGCGACUUCGCAGCGUUCGGAUGUCUCCUAUAUAUACUCUAUGAUCGAGACGCACGAGCACAAGUACGAGAGCACCACUGGGUGGCUGCGAUUGAUUGGUAAACUUUUAGCGAUGACGAGAGACAUCGAAAACGGUCCUUGCGCCGAUGGUGGUAGCCCAUCGUGGUUCCACACUCGGUUCAUUCGGGAUAGGCUUUUGGGGGAGUUGGGUACGCGAGUGCACGUCGACCAAACGGAGCGAUGGGUCAUGGCGCGCGACUGCGUCGAUCACUUGCUCUUCAUGUUGCGUUUGUACGAAGACACCAUGAUCUCAUCCUUCACGGUCGAGGACGUGGAUUCGGCGAGUUUGGAUGCGCCACUUGCUAUUGGUUACGGUGAACCGUCCAGUGUGCUCGCCCUUCGAAGUGCGGAGCACACGCGAGGCGACGUCGAGCGCCCCAGCACGCCGGGUGCUGAUAUCCUCACCGACUUUUUGACAUCUGGAUCAACCUGUCAAAUGGUGAUGAACAUUCUCUCCAUCGGUGCCGAGUCGCUGAGUUUUGAGCGUCACGCGCGUCACGGUGAUGCGUUGGAAGAUUGCGUUCUGGGCGCGUUGCAACUUUUGGAUUACAUCCUUUCUAUCGAUCAGCGCGCGGUCGCAAAAUUGCGCGCCAAGCACAAGGAUGCAGUUUUUUAUCGCACUUUAGAUGAGGUGCUCUCGGCAGACAUGACGCAGAUGGCGAACAUCCUGGGGUACGUUCAGUACAAGUAUAACCCGGAGAUCACAUACACGGCGUUGAAAAUAUUGCGCGUGCUCUGUCAACGAGUCGAGCACAUCGUUGCGUUGCUUCCACCGGCGUCGCGUGCCGCCAUCGUCGAGGGCUGCGCGAGCUGCUUGGAGCUUGCGUUCGCGAUGGUGCCUCCGGGAGACGAAGAAAUUCCUCUCGAGGAAAGCGCUUCGAGUGCGGUCGACUGUGCAACAUUAGUUUUCGAACUGUUGCAUGAAAAUCUCGAACGCGCUGGUGCGAAUAUGUCUCACCUGCUGCUCGGUUUUGACAUCACGGGCGCAUCGAGCGAAAUCGAGGUUUCACCGUUCACUGAGUUCAACUGUUUGAGCGUCAUACUCGAACUUCUUGAAGCAGCGCCACCGUCAAUGCACGCGAGCGUCGUCUUGCCGUAUCAAGCACCGGAGCUCGCGGCAGAUCUUUUACAGCGUUUGGCGACGUGCAAAUCGACGGCGCCGCCUACCUUGGCUCUUCUCGAGCAAUGGCCGCCGCACGCGCCAACGUUGGCGUUGUCUGAUUUGCUCUCCGAUGCGUUACGCACCGAGCUUCCAAAGGAGCCAUCGAAGAGGCGAUCGGUGAUGCACCAUCGCUCGAGCAUUUUGCGCUUAUGUGCAGAAGUUCUCGAGGUUGAGGCACCGCCAGCGAAGGGCCGAGUACCGGAAAUGGCGCCAACGCUGGUGUUGGAUAUCAUGAAUGUGUUGUUGGACAACGGGCGCGAGGGUCUUGGUGCAUACACACAUGAUCCCAACGUAGAGCACGGGCAGUUCGCUGUUCUGGAAUUGCCGAAGAGCGUCACCCAAUUGUCGGAGACGAGCACCGAGCUCGCACUUUUGGCGAGCUUUGGCGACGACGUGAAUGAAAUGAGAGAAGAGCUUUCGGCGACACAGCUUUUGGACGAUUCCAGAAAUGUCGCUGAAGGUGGUAUCAUGACAACCAGUCGGCGGGGAGACAAGGUAAUUGAUGCAAGCGUCGUGAGAGCGAAGCUUCAGGCAGAGUGCAGGCGACUUGACUCUGAGUCGCACCACAUGCAUGGUGUGAGACAAGACGCGAUGGAAUUCGUGAAGAGCCGUCGCGAGCGCGCAAUCAACGCUACUUUGCGCAUUGUCGAAGCUCGCAACAGUGUGAUCGAGGAUGCCACGGCUAGAUCCGAAAUAUUCCUCGCCUGGGAGAAGCUCGUCACUCUCGCAGUGUCCCGAGGUUUGUCCAGCAUCGUGACCUAUUUCGAUUUGCGAAACGCGUCUGUGACGACGGCGGCGGUUGACGACAGUCCCUUGAGCUCGCACAGCAUUCUCUUCGAACUCGUUGAUGGCAUCUUAAGUGGCUUGUGUGAAGCCGAACCUUUUGGUGGUGGCUCUGACAGUGCCAAAGCGGCGCCGUUUUGUCGUCUGGUCCAUGUCAUUGUUUCACAGCUUCGUCAGCUUGGGGAACAGGAUCGCGCGAAGGGCAACACGAGCGCCGUGCUUGCGCCGUCCAAGUGCCGAGCCUUGCUCCGUAGUCUGAUUGCAUCGAUGCUCCAUCGUACCCCCGUCCCUCAAGUGUCCCGUUUGGACAUAAUCAGCGCUUUACUAGACUAUCUGGCAUACUGCAGGCCUGACACUGACGGCGUCAGCCCAGUUACAAAGCAAGGUCAAGCCGUCGCCGGAACGAGCGUGGCGUUCUCGCAGGUGAUGGACAUUGAUAUCGAGAAGGGUAACGCCGCUAUCAUUCAACGCGAUGCAACUGCGCUCGUUGAUUUGAUUUCGCGCGAUGCCAAAGAAGGCUCGAAUGACACGAAAGCGAUUACCUUGGGGGCGCUCGAGGCCAUGGUGGCGGUGUGUUCGGGCACGGGCGUCGGCGGCAUCGAAGUUUUGCUUUUGCAAAACGACAUCGCAAAGUCGUGCUUGCGCGAAUUAGAGUGUGUUUCGAUGCCAGAUUUGGUCUUGAACACGCCGCGCGCUGCGGCGCAUUCCAAAGCGAUUGAAGCGUCGCUUUCUCUCUUGCUCCGAAUGGCGCAAAGUGAACCGAGUCAAAUGGUUGCUCUCGGUACCCUCGUGUCGUUGACGCGCUGCCGCGCCAUUGAUGCGUAUGCUGACAUACACAGUGCGUCGGCAGCGACGGCGACCAUGGCGGUCGAUGCGCCGUUUUCAGAUCUACCCAUUCCGCGCGCGCGUCAUCACAAGCUCUUGGUGAAUGUGAUUCGUCUCGUCGGUAGUCUUCUUGCCGCCGCGCCGCAACCAAAACCGGUGCCGUCGCCGACGCUCGGGCAAUAUCCGGGCGCUAUCGUCGAAAGCGAUGGCAUCCCCGCGGUUAUCUCUCAGACGCUUGAAUUCGUAGAAGCUCACGCGGCGGUGAUCCAUCGCGUGCUUGCGGACCGAGCUUCGCGCCCACAUCUCGCAGACUUGGCCGAGCUCGAAGCCACAGUGAACUUGGUGACGAGAUUGCUCAAAGGUCCCGUCUUACCAGAUCCAAAGCUGCGACUUCACGGCGCAAUGGACGUGCUCACAAUGACCGUAUGUUCGGAGUCGAACAAAUAUGUAAAGUACGUGUCGAAGACGCUCGGAAAAUCCUCCGCGGGCGACGACAUGAUGCUCGCGGCCUCCGAUGACUUGCGCGCACUCGACGCCGCGGAUCGCAUGUGGAGGCGUUUCAUCAGCAUAAGAAGCAUGAUUCUCAGCGUACAACGCGUACUAGUCAAUAAGGGUCUCACGAAGUUUACUUUUGCCGCUUCUGAUGGCGUUGUUGGAGACGAAAGACCGACGGUGCAUUUAUUCGGCACCGUCGUGAUGCGCCUUUCGCUCGAGCUCAGCCAACUCGCCGAUGCCAGGCGAGAUGCGCUGAAAUCGAUCGAUCACUACAAAAUUCUGCGCGAUGGGAGCGUGACCGAAUCCGACUUGCUCGCUCGAGUGGCGCUAGUCGAAUCAGACAUCCGCACAGUUGUCAUCUCUACGGAGAACGCUCUCGAGGUGCUGUACGCGCACCUUCAACCUCUAGUGUACAGUGGCGAUGACGAUAGCUUGGUCGCCCCUUCCAUGGAACUGAACGGGGGUAAAACGCGAACGAGCGAGUUCGGUGUUUUGGCGUCGUUCAUGCUCCCCGGGUUACAUUCUCUCAUCCAAUUUGAGAAGUCCACGCUCGGUUUGGACACGGAAUUCAUCAACAUGCUCGCGAGGAGGGUGCGAGAUUCACUGGAAACGAGUGACCCGACGGCGCACAGAAAUCGAUUUGGAAUAGCCUAAAGAUAG